AUCAAUACCAACUCAGUGACAGAAAAUUGACAAGUGUUUUUUAUUUAAGUUGGCAUUGUUCGAAAUUUUGUUUAUAUUAUCGUUAGUAAUAUUAUUCAUUGUUGAAAAAUUUGUAAGGCUUUCGUUUCAUCGUAGAUUUUGGAAAUAAUCAAACUUAAUUCAAACUGCUAAAAAACAUAAAUAAAAUUAUGGAUAAAGGAUUAUACUUUUGUAAACAUUGCAAUGGCUUGAUCGAAUCUUUCAAUGAAGCAGGCAGUCAUCCAUGUUUUCGUGGAAAAGAACAUAUUUAUCAAGAUGAAGAAGACGACACAAUCUUAUUUGUUUAUAAUUACAAGAAUAAAAAUAAAGAAAACCAUGAAGGUCAAGUGCUUAACUACAAAGAGUCUGAAAUUCUUAAUUCAUUUUUAUCAGGUGAUACUGGAUGUAUUGAAAGUGAUGAAGACUUAAGUCAGUCUGCCAAUUUUAAAACAGAGAGUAAUCCUAAGAAAAGUUACGCUAGAUAUAUUGAAAGUGAUGAAGACUUAAGUCAAUCUACAGAUUUAAAAACAGAGAGUAAUCCUAAGAAAAAUGCUGUGUGGACAAAGCAAUCCACGAUGGCAAUGCUUAGCUUAUACGAAGCAAAUGUACAGAUGCUUAUGGAUGUUGGCGCGAAAUCAAGAGUGUGGAAAAAAAUAUCAGAAGGCUUAAAAGAUUUAUGUAUACAGGUAACAGCAGAUCAGGUUAAAUGGAAAUUUAAUCGCUUAUAUAACAAAUAUAAGGAGUGUAUCGACAACAACAAUAAGAGUGGCAGCAAUUCGAAGAAAUUUUUCAUAAAGAAAAAAAUGUUUCCAGUCCACGUACAUUUUCUUCUUCGAUAUUUACGACAGAUGAAAAAAAAAGAAAACAUGACAUAACCGGAUCAAAGAACAUUACUAAGAGUAAAAAAUUUAAAAUAGAUGAUCCACCCAGCGAAAA